GUCAGCUUAGGUUGAGGCUCCUUGCGUGUGUCUAUAACUUUGUGCUGCUGCCGCGGCCGCCCUGCUCGUGGUAGGGAGGAGGAAUGUGGAAGGUGGCGGCGCGCGAGCUGACAGGCGGUUCCUCGCGCGGGCUACGGCCCGAGCGCCCCCUCGUCGCCGUGCCCCGGGCCCGUGCGGGAUCGUGCGCACCCCCGCCUCGUCCCUGAAGGGAAAGGAACCGAGCGCUUCUCCAGGCAGCGGCGGCAGCGGCGCCCCGGAGCCCGAGCCUUCGCGGCGCCCCAUUCCCUCCCCCGCCGCACCCCGCCCGGGCGCCAGAGGAGAGUGGAAGAGCCCGAGCCGCGGGCUGGCGGCGAAGAUGGCAGAGGCACCCGCCUCCCCGGUCCCGCUCUCUCCGCUCGAAGUGGAGCUGGACCCGGAGUUCGAGCCUCAGAGCCGGCCGCGCUCUUGUACGUGGCCCUUGCAGAGGCCGGAGCUCCAGGCGAGCCCGGCCAAGCCCUCGGGGGAGACGGCCGCCGACUCUAUGAUCCCCGAGGAGGACGACGACGAAGACGACGAGGACAGCGGCCGAGUCAGCUCGACCAUGGCAAUCGGUGGCGGCGGGAGCGGCUCGCUGGGCUCCGGGCUGCUCCUGGAGGACUCGGCCCGGCUGCUGGCUCCCGGAGGGCAGGACCUCGGGUCCGGGCCAGCUCCCGCCACCGGCGCGCUGAGCGGGGGCAUGCAGACGCCGCUACAGCCUCAGCAGCCACUGCCAGCACCGCCGCCAGGGGCGGCCGGGGGCUCCGGGCAGCCGAGGAAAUGCUCCUCGCGGCGGAACGCGUGGGGGAACCUGUCGUACGCCGACCUGAUCACCCGCGCCAUCGAGAGCUCCCCGGACAAACGGCUUACUCUCUCCCAGAUCUACGAGUGGAUGGUGCGCUGUGUGCCCUACUUCAAGGAUAAGGGUGACAGCAACAGCUCUGCCGGCUGGAAGAAUUCUAUCCGGCACAAUCUGUCGCUGCACAGUCGAUUCAUGCGAGUCCAGAACGAGGGAACAGGCAAGAGCUCUUGGUGGAUCAUCAACCCUGACGGGGGGAAAAGUGGAAAGGCCCCCCGGCGGCGGGCUGUCUCCAUGGACAACAGCAACAAGUACACAAAGAGCCGUGGCCGUGCAGCCAAGAAGAAGGCAGCCCUACAGGCUGCCCCAGAGUCAGCAGAUGAUAGUCCUUCCCAGCUCUCCAAGUGGCCCGGCAGUCCCACAUCCCGAAGCAGUGAUGAGCUGGAUGCAUGGACAGACUUCCGUUCGCGUACUAAUUCCAAUGCCAGCACAGUCAGUGGCCGCCUGUCACCCAUUCUCGCAAGCACAGAGUUGGAUGAUGUCCAGGAUGAUGAUGCGCCACUCUCCCCCAUGCUCUAUAGCAGCUCUGCCAGCCUGUCACCUUCAGUGAGCAAGCCGUGUACCGUGGAGCUUCCACGACUGACCGACAUGGCGGGCACCAUGAAUCUUAAUGAUGGGCUGGCCGACAACCUCAUGGAUGACCUGCUGGAUAAUAUCACACUCCCAUCAUCCCAGCCAUCGCCUCCUGGGGGGCUUAUGCAGCGGAGCUCGAGCUUCCCGUAUACCACUAAGAGCUCUGGCCUGGGCUCCCCAACCAGCUCUUUUAACAGUACCGUGUUUGGACCCUCAUCUCUGAACUCCUUGCGCCAGUCUCCCAUGCAAACCAUCCAAGAGAACAAGCCAACCACCUUCUCUUCCAUGGCACACUAUGGUAACCAGACACUCCAGGACUUGCUCACUUCGGACUCACUCAGCCACAGCGAUGUCAUGAUGACCCAGUCAGACCCCUUGAUGUCUCAGGCCAGCACUGCCGUGUCUGCCCAGAAUGCCCGCAGGAACGUGAUGCUUCGCAAUGACCCAAUGAUGUCCUUUGCCGCCCAGCCUACCCAGGGGAGUUUGGUCAAUCAAAACUUGCUCCACCACCAACACCAAACCCAGGGCACUCUUGGUGGCAGCCGUGCCUUGUCGAAUUCUGUCAGCAACAUGGGCUUGAGUGACUCCAGCAGCCUUGGGACAACCAAACACCAGCAGCAGUCUUCUGUCAGCCAGUCUAUGCAAAUUCUCUCGGACUCUCUCUCAGGCUCCUCCUUGUACUCAACUAGUGCAAGCCUUCCCAUCAUGGGCCAUGAUAAGUUCCCCAGUGACUUGGACCUGGACAUGUUCAAUGGGAGCUUGGAAUGUGACAUGGAGUCCAUUAUCCGUAGUGAACUUAUGGAUGCUGAUGGGUUGGAUUUUAACUUUGAUUCCCUCAUCUCCACACAGAACGUUGUUGGUUUGAAUGUGGGGAACUUCACUGGUGCUAAGCAGGCCUCAUCUCAAAGCUGGGUGCCAGGCUGAAGGAUCAUUGAGGAAAGGGGAAGUGGGCAAAGCAGACCCUCAAACUGACAGAAGACCUACAGAGAAAACCCUUUGCCAAAUCUGCGCUCAGCAAGUGGACAGUGAUACCGUUUACAGCUUAACACCUUUGUGAAUCCCGUCCCAUUUUCCUAACCAAGCAGAGACUGUUAAUGGCCCCUUACCUGGGUGAAGCACUUACCCAUGGAACAGAAAUCUAUAAAGUAUGCAAAAUCUUCCUAAUCCUGCAGACCUGCCAGCGCCAGCCAGCAACGAUAGCACCCAUCAGUACCACCCACUCCUUCAGAGCACACUGGGAGCCCCCAUUGGCGAGUCUGUGGUGUUUUAAAUAUCACAGUGGUUUAUGGGAUGUUUUAAGUGUUGUUUUGUCUUUGUUUUCCUUUGACCCUCUGAGUUUUUCACACACAUUAACUUGCAAUAUUUUUCUGUUAAAUGUUCACUCUCCUUCCCCCUCACAAAUUUAAAUGCAGAAGGAAAAAUGUUAAACCAGUUACCAUUCUGGCUCUGAGCAUCACAAGCUUUUGAGCCCAUGGAACUCAGUAAGUAACACAUAACACAAAUUGGGCAGUGGGGGGGGGGGUCCUUCUUCUUUUGUCUGAUAGAAAAUUAUCCUUUUCUAAAAACUGAACAAUGGCACAAUUGUUUGCUCUGUGCACAGUCCAAGACUGAACUACACAUAGGCAAAACUAGUGGAGCACAGCAUCACGGCAUCUGACCCAGUCGUUUCCAGUUCUGAGUUGGGGUCUGUGGGACAGGACCUCUCAGUGCCUGCUCUGCAGCUGUCUGCUCAGAGCUGCUCAGUAGAGCCUGUGGUCUUCUGUCAGUUUCCUCAGCUACUGUGAACAGUGUUGGUCUGGUAGAAACUAGGGUCUUUUUAGGAAAGAAAUCAGCCCAGCUAUCCACUCAUUGCCAAAUGCCGCUGACAAACUUAGUUUUAAGGAGAAAAGAAAAGGAAAAAAAUAUGUGUGCUGUUUUGCUUUUCAGAAAACAUGAAAUUACAGAUGAGCCAUUAAGCUUGCAGUGAGAAAUGUGUGGGAAAGACGAACCGAGGCAGCACUAAGGGAGGUCCAACUUCACUGUUUUGAAGCAUAUAUAUCUUUUGAUUAUUUUCACCCUUGCUGUGUGUAAUCAGAUCUUUUAGUAUGAAUGAAAGGCAAUAGCAUACAAGUUGAUUUUUUUAACACACUCGCGCACACGCACGCAAGCUUAGGUUGGAAUUGUAAAAUGACAUAAUGGAAGUACAGUUCAAACUUUUUUAAAAGCUUUUCCUGCUUCUAUGGAUUUCAUUGUUUUGUUUUCAAAAAGUUAUGGUGCUGUAUAGGUGCUUUCUGUUUAACCUGGAAAGUGUGAUUGUAUUUGUUACUCCCUUUGGUAUGCAGAAUAGUUGGGAACACCUUUGGUACAUACAAAACUGGUGUGAUGAUGCUCUGAUUAGCACAGUAUAUACAUACUUCUCCAAAGUGACAAAUGAAGACUCUUCUUUGCAUAAAAAGCAUUAGGCAUAUAAAUGUAUAAUAUAUAUUUUAUCAUGUACAGUACAAAAAUGGAACUUUAUGCAUGGGCGUUUACAGGCCAGUGUUCCAGCACAGACUUCCCUGCUUGAGUUCUCACUGUUGCUUGCACUGUGGCAGUGGACACCAACCCAGAUGUGCCACCCAACCUCCUGCACCUACCACUGACCACCAGGGACCCCCUUGUGCACCUUUGUUUUAUAACUCCUUGGGGGGUGAUGUUGGUGGCAAUCACAGCUCAUAGCAUAAUCAGAGUUCCAUUUGGUAUUGUCCCAUGUCUUUCCUGCCCCACUUGGAUUGUCAUAUCUGAGUGAUAUCCCUGUUAAUCUCUGCCUUUUACAGAAUCUGUAAAUUGUUGUGCAAUUGUGGUUAUAGUAGACCUGUAGCGUAUUGCCUUUUCUAAACUGCUACAUGUUUAUAAUCUUCAUUUUUAAAGUAUGUAUAAUUUUAAGAAUAUGUAUUGUAUUCAUAUGGUAUGCUUGUCAGUGAGCCAUACUUGCUUACUAUCUUCCUUUAUAAUGAUGCUAGCCACUCCUUUGAUUCCUCGGUAGUCAGCUGUCCAUACAAUACCUGUACCAUUUUGGGCAGAGGACUGCCAAAGCCUUCCCAAAGUGCUGCUUCCUGGGUGGAGUGCGUUGAGGCAGCAGCUGAGGGGAGAUAGACAGAGCUCAGGUACAAGGGAGAACCCCAAGUGCUUCCAACAUGACAGCCCUGAGAAUUCUCUCCUGAGUUUAAAGAAAUGAGCAAACUAAUUCAGAAGCUUGCCUAUGCAGUUUAUAGACCCUGAGAGCUGCUUUGAGCGUGAGAAAAGCCAACCUCUGAUAUGUUCCCCCAGCUCUAAAUGUUUUAAUUCCUUUCAGACAUGUGAUGUCUCGUUUAUUCUUUUCUUUCCCAGUGUUCGUUGGAUUUUGGGCACUGUGUCCUUACAAAAUGUCCUAGAAAAAGAUUAUAAUUUGAUCUGGUACAAGCUGAGAACAGAAGGGUAUGAGGCCAGCGUGGCCUCAGAGCAGAUCAGGAGAACAGAGGAGAAAUGCUUUGGUUUUCUUUACUUUUUGAAAUAAUACAAACAGAAUCCACACAUAGUGUUGUGGAAAGCCAAGCCCUGUGUGGCUCAAAAGACAAUUAGGCAAGAUUUUAAUAGUCAGGCCUGUCCAGGACCCGUGUAUACCCACCUUCAGAUGUCCCACUCAGAGAGGCCUGGCUCCCUUAGGAAACCCAGUGCUAUGGCAGUCAGAUUAGGCAGAGGUACAGUCUGGGCCCUGUGUCCCUCCUGUUGGGGACCCUGCUUUCAGAGUAAACCAGUUAUUGGUCACCAAGUAGCAUUCUGAAUGUCUUGAGUCUCUUAACAAUAAAUGCUCUAUCCAGGCAUCUGAGCAGAUGACCUCAUGGCCCUGGGGCCAGCAGCUGUAAUUUAAUCCUGAUAUAACCCUGCAGGGCUACCCCAGCCCCUUUAGCAGUUCCCAAAUUAGGGAACUCUGUCUGCUUUGUGACAGGAGUCUAGAGAGCAGAGUACCUAGUGUUGAAGACAGAAUGUGCACUCUGGGGCCCUGUGGUUCUCUUCAGGUUCCAAAACCUGAUACCUUGUACCAAAGCUAGAAAAGAGCUUUUCACAAGCCUUCACUGUCCUGGUGUGAGGAGAGCGCCAGGUUCAGCAUACUCCGUGAAUUGUGAAUGCAGCUGAGGUGGCUUUCUUUAUUGUAUCCUCGGCAAUGUAAUGAUUACUGAAGCACAGUUUGACUUUUUUCCCGUCUCUCCUGCUAAUGAAGAUCGUGCACAAAGUGAACAUUGGGGGUUGAUUUUUAGCAUCAUGUGUAUUGCUUUCCCAGCCAGAGGAGAGGACACCAUGGCUCGCUACUCAGGAGAGGUGCACCCCAUCUCAGGUGUGACUGUUCAGACAGCUUUCAAACCUGUGCACAGGUUAAUGGUCAUAGGGACAGACAACUUGUCUUUUCCCAAGGAGCUCAGUCCACUGAAAGAACAAGGAACAUUUGAAUCUCUUGGAAAAGACCAUCAAGAAUAAAACAGUCAGAAAGCAAGCCUUUGAUUGGUGCCCUGGACUGGUGAGGGAAAGUAAAAAUGUUUUCUUUUUCUUGAUGUAUUUGGAGAGCAGACAUAAUAAUGUUGUGAUUUAGGUUUUGUUUUCUUAAUUGAGAAAAACAAACUUUAUAGAAACACAAUCUCUGGUACACAGGUAAAAAGAGGCAGCUCCCCCUGGAGCAGGGCAGGCAGGGCAUGAAGGGAGAGAGGUUUUGUGGAAUCAUGUCUGUCAAACAGGAUCUUAAAGCAGAUGCUCAAGUAACUGAAAAUAUGUGAUAUUUGAGCUGAAUCUUAAGUGGGUAACAUUUUAUGCAGAUUGAUUGGAUGAAAUAGUUUCUUGGUGUUUGGUUUUAAUUGUAUGUAUUUUUCUUUGAUGAAUGAUUACAAGGCCUCUAUCACACUCCAGAAAUAUUUGUGUAGCUGCUUAAAAAAAUGUUUCUGGUCACUCGUUUCUCUAAAAUUGUCUCCUUGCCUGGCAAUCAGUCUUUUCUUGUAUACUUGUCCUAGCACAGUAUGUAUGUGGGAAAUAUAAACAGAUGUGAAGGAGGACCAGAAAAAUUAGCAAAUAUUAAAAAGUGUAUUGUACAUUUUGGCUUCACAUGUUUAACUUUUUUAAAGAAAAAAGUUGCAUGAAUGGAAAAAAAAACCCUCUGUAUACAGUAUCUGUAAAACUGUCUUAUCUGUUUUGAUUUCUUGUUUAUGCCCCAUACAAACUAGAAUUCUAGUAUGGCAUAUGGCCAUAUUCAAACACCUAAGAAUCAAGCAGUUCACCCUUUGGUCUGAAGCACCUUGUCCUUUCAAAGCAAACACUAUCAUCCUGCAUUCUGAAUACUGAGGAGUUUGUCUAACCAUAUGUUGCCAUGAAUUAGCUCUGCUGCCUUUCUUCUCAAGGAUCAAAACCAGUUUGAUUUGGGAGUCUGCCCCUUUCCAAAUGAAAUGGAGAUGCAGUGCUUUCUUCCCUUGGUGUUUGUAGAUAUUGCCUGUGUAUUCCAUUUAAACCAUAAUCUAGUUUGUAAAAGAUGAUGACGCAUGUAAAUAAAGCAUCAAUGACACUCUA